AAAAAAAUAACCAAUCUACACUCCCAAUUGCUAAAGGAAGUGCCUUCUUUUGCAUGGUUUAGUCGCCCUCAUAGCCACUUGGCUGCAGCCAUUCCAUUUUAGAAUUUGAGAGAUGAAAUUUUCUACUUUUUAUGUUUGGUUGAAGAAUUAAACGUAGAGCCGUAGGCCUUUAGGAGACAGGACAGUACUUGAAACAAUAGUGUUAACUAAAACAAAAUGGGCACAGCAUCUUUAUCGCUACUCUGUUGGCAACAUGCAGUGAUUCCUCUCCUCUUUUGGUCACCGACUCCCAUAAAUUGAUGCUCUGGGCAUGGCAACUUGGCAAGUGGUCCUUAAAAUAUAAGGAGAAGAAAUGAGAACAUGUGUUGAGUAGGGAUUUCGAACUUUUCCUUCAAAUUUGUUUAGCCUUCGGACUUUACCAUUUUUGGCUUUGUUUUCUACCUUGCGGUUCAAUCCAUUAUUAAGAUUUGGCAUCGCACUUCUAUUCCUGCUCCUUCUUUCCUUCGUCGGCCCGACAUUUUAGUAGGCGAUCAAAUCCCUGUUCGCUUUCUUGAUUCACACUAGCAAUUUUCUUGACUCAUGACACUUAUACCAUCACAUAAGCUUAAAUUACGACAAAUUUCAUCGUAGCGAUUCCAAACACUGAAUAAGGUAGGCGAUUUCCAAAGUAGAAUUUCCUCUCUUUUUUUUAUAUUUAUAUUUUAAAAUAUUUUUUCCUAUUUCUUUAAUAAAUAGGUAAAUAACCGUCCUUUUUAAAAUUCCAAAUCCCAAACAAAACAAAAAUCAUAAAAACCAAAAAAAAAAAAUGCUCACUCUCAUGUGAGAGAACUCUGUCUUCUUCAAGAUCAAAGGGCCUCUCCCCUUCUCUCUCUCUCUCUCUCUCUCUCUCUCUCUGGAGAUUCCAAAACGAUGGCGUUUUGGUGGCCGAUUUUCGUUCUGGCCUUUGCCUAUGCGAUCUGUCGUUUCUUACUGAUCCUCAUUCCUCCAAAUGUUCCUUCCAUUGACGUCGACGCCUCCGAUGUGUUGGGGAACCAAACUCAAGAAAACGGCUUCAUUUACGUACCGCCGAGGGGAAGGACACAACAGUCAGAUAGAAAAGUUCAAUGCUAUGAGCCUGCUACCAUGAAAUACUUGGGCCAUUUCCCAGCAUUGACACCUGCUGAGGUUGAGGAGCGUGUAUCACAAGCAAGAAAAGCACAGAAAAUUUGGGCAAAAAGUAGUUUCAAGCAAAGGCGACAGUUUUUGCGGAUUCUUUUAAAAUAUAUUCUUGAACACCAAGAGCUUAUAUGCGAAGUCUCUUCACGUGAUACGGGGAAAACAAUGGUUGAUGCCUCCUUAGGAGAAAUAAUGACUACAUGUGAGAAGAUCACUUGGCUUCUUUCAGAGGGCGAAAGGUGGCUCAAGCCUGAAUACCGAUCUUCUGGAAGAUCAAUGCUUCACAAGAUAUCCAAAGUGGAAUUUCACCCGCUUGGUGUAAUUGGGGCUAUUGUUUCAUGGAAUUACCCAUUUCAUAAUAUUUUUAAUCCAAUGCUUGCAGCAGUCUUUUCAGGAAAUAGUGUGGUGAUUAAGGUUUCUGAAAAUGCAAGCUGGUCUGGGUGUUUCUACUUUCGGAUAAUCCAAGAAGCUCUUGCUGCUGUUGGAGCUCCUCUAAAUCUGGUUGAGGUAAUUACAGGCUUUGCUGAAACAGGAGAAGCACUGGUGUCUUCUGUUGAUAAAACCAUAUUUGUUGGAUCACCAGGUGUGGGAAAGAUGAUAAUGAGAAAUGCUGCUGAGAUCCUUAUGCCAAUUACUCUUGAGCUUGGUGGGAAAGAUGCAUUUAUUGUGUGUGAAGAUGUUGAUAUUCCUCAUGUUGCUCAAGUUGCUGUCAGGGCUGCUCUUCAAUCAAGUGGGCAGAAUUGUGCUGGGGCUGAGAGAUUUUAUGUUCACAGGGAUAUUUAUACUUCAUUUGCCAAUCAAGUGACUAAGAUUGUGAAGUCUGUUUCCGCUGGCCCACCACUGGCUGGAAGAUAUGAUAUGGGCGCCAUAUGCUUGCUGGAGCAUUCUGACAAGCUUCAAAGCCUUGGAUUAGACAAAGGAGCAGAAAUUGUUGCUCGUGGAAGUUUUGGCCAUUUAGCUGAAGGUGCAGUUGAUCAAUUUUUCCCCCCUACCGUGCUCGUGAAUGUGAACCAUACAAUGAAGUUGAUGCAAGAAGAGACUUUUGGACCGAUCAUGCCAAUAAUGAAAUUUAGCACAGAUGAAGAGGUUAUCAAGCUUGCAAAUGACUCAAGAUAUGGGCUUGGCUGUGCUGUUUUUUCUGGCAGUCAACGGCGUGCCAAGGAUAUAGCUUCCCAAAUACAGUGUGGAGUUGCUGCAGUUAAUGAUUUUGCCUCAACUUAUAUGUGUCAGUCCCUGCCAUUUGGUGGUGUAAAAGACAGCGGAUUCGGGCGAUUCGCCGGUGUUGAAGGAUUGAGAGCUUGCUGUCUGGUAAAGUCGGUUGUUGAGGAUAGAUGGUGGCCUUAUAUCAAGACCAAGAUACCAAAGCCUAUUCAGUAUCCUGUUGCUGAAGAUGGGUUUGAGUUUCAAGAAUCACUUGUGGAGGCACUUUAUGGCUUGAACAUUUGGGACCGUCUACGAGCACUGGUCAAUGUUCUAAAGAUCAUUUCCGAGCAAAAUUCUGUUGCCAAUAGCAAGAGAAGUGACUGAGUUGUUAGCAUUAUAUUUUACUCCCUCUGUCCUAAAAUGGUUGGCCUGACUUUUA